AUGUGGAAACUGUUUACGCUUAAUGGAAAUUGUAUUACGCGCCUCUUUCUCGAGAUCAAUCUGUAGUACCCCCACUUCCCGCCGAUAUCGCCACAAACUUCAAAGCUAAAAAUCAAAAAAGGGUCGGGCAUCGCCUCCCAUGUUUGCACUCCCGUCAAGCCUCAUUCUUUCGCUUUGUGCCGAUUAGCCACGUUGUUAAUGAGAGAAUUUCUCUUCUAAUCUGUGUAAAUGUUUCGCAAAGAGCAUACAGGAGAUUAUUCCGAUGUGGAAAACCAAAGGAAGGAUCUCGAGAGACGUCUUGAGAAGUUGGAAAAGGAAAAUAGAAAGCUGAGGAGGAAAAAGAAGAGGAAAAGUCAUCGUCGCAGGAAUAGAUCGAGUGACGCGGUUACCGAUAAGUCGUGGUCGAGCGGAUAUCGUGACCGUUUCAGAUAUUCCAGAGCGAGAUCUUUUGGUUCGGAUCGGUCUGUUUCUUCGAUUCCUCCAGAUAGGAGUGAACAAGAAGACAACCCGGCAGAUGACAGGCAUGCAGGUCAGAUACAUCGGGUUUUGCUGGAUUCCACGAGUCAGUUGACAAAUCUACGGAACAACCCUGUCGAUGACGUGCCACUGGUAGAUUCUGGUGAGCCAGUGGUAUUGAACACAGAAGCUGCGUUACGUUCUGAUAUUUUAGACAUUUUUGGCAAGCGUAUUUGCGAAGAAAGAGUCUUCGGUCCCCCAGUUCUUAAAGAUCUGGUGGUACGCUGCGAAGACGUUAUUAAAGAGGGUCUGUCGGAGGAAAUUAAAGUAGAGGUCUUGAAGAAAUAUCCACCUCCUAGUAACUGUACGUCCAUUGAUCAUCCUAAACUAAAUCCUGAGUUCAAAUCUGUUGUCCAGGAGUUAGUUGCCAAGAGCAAUGACCGCAUUCGGAAAAAACAGGAAAAGAUUACUGCUUCCUUGGCGCUUGCAAUGCAGGCAAUGUCUAUUGUUGUGAAGGGGAAGGAGAAUCCUGAAAUGCUGUCUUUAGUUAAAUAUUUGUUCGGUUUGAUCCAGCUAUUGGCGGAUCUGCAGCACGAUGAGUCUUUUGCUCGUCGAAGCCUGAUAUUAGCCAAUAUCAACGCUUCUCUUCGAGACGCCGUCAACGCAUCUGGCUGCGGAGAAUUUUUGUUUGGAAGCAAUUUGGAAGAGGUGUUGAAAAAUGCAAAGACGUUGGAAAGUUCCUGCAGGGAGCUCAAGGUCGCUCAAAGAUCGCAACCUUUGAAACAAACAAAGAACUUGAAAUUCCCGCCCCGUCAACCUCAGACCAGGAAUUAUCCAGCGGCGUCGGGCGGGCAGAAGCCAAGGUAUCACUUGCUACAAAAGAAGCAGCCGCAGUUUGUUCAGAAACCUCGCUACCAGAGACGCGAUCGCGAUCGGAACUGAGAUCGGGAUCAUUUGAAGAAACGUUAGAGGAACGCGUCAAAAUUUUGGAAGAACCUUACCCUGGUUGCAGGAGUCUUGUCCGGAUGAGCAUCGAGAGGAAGGAGGUUCCAAAAGAUUCAAUGAAAAUAUUGUUGGCAUCGCUCAGCGACUCAUCAUGGAAACAAUAUGAUUCCGCUUUGAGGAAAUGGUGGUCUUUUUGCCAAACGAGAAAAAUCAGCCCGUACUUAAAUUCUGUUCCAGAUGUUUUAACUUUUCUGACAGAAGCAUUUGAAAGGGAGGUUCUCAAGGCACAUUGAAUUCUUAUAGAUCCGCUAUUUCGUUGCUCAUAGGUCCAGAGCUAGCUCAGGAUUUUAGGUUAAAAAGAUUUUUCAAGGCGAUGAGUAGAUUAAGGCCGUCGAGGCCUAAGUAUAGUUCUACUUGAGAUCCGAAGAUAGUCUUAGAUUAUUUAGUUACGUUGCUGCCAAAUGAGAAAAUGAACUUGAGAGACUUGUCGUUAAAACUUAUCAUCUUACUCGCUCUUACUACGGGUCAUCGAAUGCAAACCUUUUCGCUAAUAAAAUUAGAAAAUAUUCAGCGGAAAAGUAACCCAUAAAAAACUUCAAAAAAGUAAAAAAACAUGAAAAAGUGGAGGACUCAAGGAGUUAUCAUAGAAAAAUAAAAGAUCCCCAUAAAAAACUACAAGAAAGUAGAAAAAGAUGUGAAAUCAAAAUGAGCAGCCAGUACAUGAAAGUCCUUUCCAAUAAAGUGCAAAGGCGACACUGUAUAACACAAUGUAAAAUUCGGUGAUUUCCAACUAUGUGCAGCUAAAAUGCUGUGUUCAACAGUGCUCCACACUUUAGCGGUGACAUGAAGAAGUUAAAUAGCGUAUCAUCCACAAACUGAGGCUGUUUAAAAAUUUGCCUUGAUGUCCGCGGCCUGGAAGUCAAAUGCUUGACGUGGCCAACUAAGCCAUUCUCAGAUCAUCAAGACCCAUACUUUCUCUCUCGCAGGCUUUUACAUAAUUUUUCAAUUUAAAAUUCUGACAAUAUCACGAGUACACUUUCAUUGUAUUGCGUUUUAAAUUAUUUCUAAGGUCAUUCAUCGACACCGAUACCUUUCCUCCUACAAGUUUUCAGAUAAUUUGUCAAUUUAAAACUCUGACAAUAUAAGUACACUUUCAUUAUUUUGCGUUUUAAAAUAAUUCUUAUUCAUCAAAACCUUGACCUUGCCUGGCCACCCCUAGCAUUUGACUUCCAUUCCGCGGACAUUAAGGCAAAUUUUUAAACAACCUCAGUUUGUGGAUGAUACGCUAUUUAACUUCUUCAUGUCACCGCUAAAGUGUAGAGCAGUCACUUUACAUGAAUUGUCAUUAGGAUCUGAACGUCCGCACUGUUGAACACAGCAUUUUAGCUGCACAUAUUUGGAAAUCACCGAAUUUUACAUUGUGUUACACAGUGUCGCCUUUGCACUUUAUUGGAAAGGACUUUCAUGUACUAGCUGCUCAUUUUGAUUUCACAUCUUUUUCUACUUUCUUGUAGUUUUUUAUGAGGAUCUUUUAUUUUUCUAUGAUAACUCCUUGAGUCCUCCACUUUUUCAUGUUAAUAUAAUACCGGUAUCAAGCAUUAAGUUACGUCAGUGGUUCACAGCCACAACUCAGAUCAAUUCACUGAGUCCUCCUUGACUCCUUGAGUCCUCCACUUUUUCAUGUACUUGGCGUAAUUUUUUUACUUUUUUGAAGUUUUUUAUGGGGAUCGCACUUCUUUUUACAAAGAUAAUUUGUAUAGUGAAUGAUUUCAAAUAAUAGAAAAUGGGAGAUCAGUUUGAAUCCAUUAAGGUUUCAAAAGUACGUGGAACGCAUUGCAGUAAGUCUCAUUGCAAGCAAUUUAUUAAAAAAAAAAUGUAAUUAGUUUAUCAGUAACAUUUAAAUGCAACAUGACUUUCUGUCAUGUGUCGUGCAUACUUUUGAGAACUUAAAGGACUAAGUCUGACCUUUCUUUUUCUAUAUUAUUGUAAUACAAUAAAUUAUCUAUUACAAAUAGUGGAUCUCUGUUCAUUCUCUCAUUUUCUCAUUAUUUAAAUUUGUUACAAGACUUUCUGCCAUGUGUUCUGUGAACGUAUAUGAACUGUAUUCUAAUACAAUAAAUUGUGCGUUACAAAUA